AUUCUCGUUCUGCGCAUUCGAAUGUUCACUCCAUAGCUAAUUAUACUGCAUGAAUGUGCUCACAGACCUCCAUAAUUUAUGUCUGUGGAUGGGCUUUGCACUUUUACUGGUAUUCUGUGGUUGUUGCUAAACAAAGCAGAUGACUUUCAACGAAAUGGUGUACUAGCAAAUGAAUGCAUGUCGUGCAGAAAGUCCUUAUCUGGUCAUUUCAGCUCGUUGGCAUCUGAACAAAAAUUACAUCAUCUGGAAAAUCGGGUUCAGUUUUUCUUGGGAGCGAGUAACAAAAGUAUUCGAAUAUUGUACUUGUCCCAUCGAAUAAUCUGACAGAGCAAUCAAGGCGACUUAAAAAAAAAAAAAAAUAGUCGCUCUGCCUUGUUAAUUAUGAAAGCUGUCAUCCAGAGAGUAUUGAAAGCAAGUGUAACAGUUGAUGGAGAGGUUAUCAGCUCCAUAGGAAAAGGGUUGUGUGUUCUUGUCGGAAUUUCAAGAGAUGACACAGAGGCAGAUAUGGAGUACCUAGCUCGUAAACUUUUAAAUCUUCGAAUAUUUGAAGAUGACAAUGGAAAGAGGUGGAAUCUGAGUGUAAGAGAUAAAAACUUAGAAAUCCUAUGUGUCAGUCAGUUCACAUUGUAUCAUGUACUAAAAGGUAACAAACUAGACUUCCACUGUGCAAUGCCUGCAGAGAGCUCUGAGGAAUUUUAUAACCGAUUUCUUAAAGUGCUGAGAACUCAGUACAAGGAUGAUUUUGUAAAAGAUGGAAAGUUUGGUGCUUACAUGACAGUGAACAUUGAGAAUGAUGGACCUGUAACUGUUGAACUUGAAUCUCCCUCAAAGAAAAGUAAAGAGGGUGAUGGACAAAGCUAAUUUUAAAUUAGAUUGUUAUUCUUAUUGCAUUAAAGUUUUUUGUGUAACUGCAAGCAGAGAGGAGAAACAUGAGAGUACUUCAGUGAGGUUUUUGGAAUGUUUGUUAAUGAUCUAGGUGAAUGUUGGGCAGGUGACCAAGUGUUGCUUCACUUCUUGUAUUCACACACAGAUUACAGAAACAGUACUUAUUUUGGAAAUAUGUUUUGUAUUUCAACAGUGUUUGUGUGAAAUGUCGUUUCCACUUUAUAUGUGAUUUGUUACACACAGGUUUGCCACAGAUUAUAUGUAAAGACUAUGGAAAAAAUAAAGAUGGCACAAUUUUGAGAGUGUCUGAA